GGCUGGGUGUAAAUCUUCACGUAUGUUGCGAUUUUGACAGAAUCACUACUUUCGAAAACAUCAGUUGAAAUUACCAGUAAUACCUAAACAUGCCUCGACGAGGAAGUUCCAAUGCACCGCAACCAGCUAAACAAAGAUCAGCAUCAACGACGGUUCCGACCCGUCCAAUGGCACGUUCUACGCCUGCAACAUCGCCCAAAUCUGCUCCCAGUGCGUCGGCACCCGUUUCAGGACAGACUCCUCCCGGAUUGAUGGGUCAAAUGGCAGCUACGGCUGCAGGGGUAGCGAUCGGUUCCGCCGUCGGUAGCACCGUUGGUCAUGCCGUCACCGGAAUGCUCAGUGGAACGUCGGGAACAGAUGCAAUCACAGGGCAACCACUGGCUCCGGAAAGAGCCGGUUCCGAAACGGACAACUGUAUGGAACAGUGUACAAGGGAAAUGGAAGAUUUCCUUGUCUGCACCCAACAGCAAACCGAUUUGAGUGUUUGCGAAGGUUUGAACGAAACUCUGAAGGCAUGUAAGAUGAGGCAGAGUAAGAAAUAGGAGCCGCAAAAAAAAAGAAAAACGAUCUAAAUUUUCUGUGAUCCUAAUCUCUGGUAUUAUUCAGUUUUAGACAAUGCGAAUAAAUUGUUUUGUAGUUUGA